CGCCGCCCGCUCCGGGGCCAUGGAGGACUUCCACCCCCACAACGAUGAGAUGAUCUUCAAUGCUGAUGAGGCCCACAACAUAGUUAAGGAGUGCAUAGAAAGUGUUUUAGGCAAGGCAGAUUAUAAUCACAACAAAGUCAACCAAUGGACUGCUGCUAUAGUAGAACAGUCACUGACCCAUCUGGUGAAACUUGGGAAAACCUAUAAGUACAUUGUUACCUGUGCAGUGAUGCAGAGGAGUGGAGCUGGUCUCCACACAGCAAGCUCAUGCUUCUGGGAUACCACAACUGAUGGAACCUGCACAGUGAGAUGGGAAAACCGAACCAUGAACUGCAUUGUCAAUGUGUUUGCUGUUGCUAUCAUCCUGUAGCUGGCUGGAAGAGAAAUAGAAGCAACACCGAAGCCUUUAAAAAAUAAAGCAUCCUAACAUAUGGCUAAAUAUUUAAAACUAUUAUUUGUUUCUGUAUGAGGAGCAUACAGAAGUUCUCUACAGAGAGCAUACAGUCUAAGACAGUUCUCAUAGAUUAGUUAUCUGAAAGCUAGCAAAAUAAAUUUAAUAUAUAUAUAUAUCUAUCUGAAGAGAAAAUUUUAGUAAUUUAAGUAUAUAGAAGUAUGUUAAUGAGAAGUUGCCACAAAGAUCAGUAGAAUUUAUGUCAAAGCUAAUAUCAAAGAUAUAUUAUUCCAGAGGAACAAAGCAAAUCAAAGGAAAUGUCAAAGGGCAAGCAAGACCUCUCAAGAUUAUGGUGCCUUUGGGAACAAAUUAUGAACACAAUUCAGAGUGGAUACUGUAAACAAUACUGGUUUUCCAUGCUUGAUUAAACAAAGCAAACUCUCCCUUGGAAUGCUGGUGCUUGUGAAAUUACAUGAGCAUCCCUUUUUGGUCAAGCAUGAAUGUUUACAUGGACACUAAAUCCAGGUAAGUUUUUUCCCUGGAGGCAGAGGAGGACUUUGCUGGGACAGAGGUGAAAUAUACCCAGUCCUAGCAGAAUUCUAAUUUGUCUUCAAAUGAAGAGCAUAAUAUUGGUUAGCAAUUCAGGGAAACAUGCUGGGGAUCUGACACCAGCCCUUAAUUCAUCAUUUAUAAAUUUGAAAACAUUCUGAAGGUACUUAAAUUUGCAUUUAUUCCAUGAUUAUAGAAUUUGUGACAAGCACUUUAUUGACUCCUCAUGCAGUAGCCAGGAGAUGGGGCAAUAUGACUGCACCCAUAGUCCAAGUAGGAUUAAAGUGAUCACUGGGAAGGCACAGACAUUUCUAGAGGCUCUUGUUAGCUUUGAAAGCAUUUAUCAAAGUAACAUAUCUGUUCUUUAUGAGAGUUUUCCUAAGUCUAAAAUUUCUCUUAAGUCUAGAAUUGGAUCUUAGUCCUGUGAAAUAAAACAGUUAAGUUUUCAGCACUAAGAAUUCCCCUCCUUUAAAGAUUUAUGCAAGUUCUUAACUUUGCUCAUCUGAUGAGUGUUAACUUGAAAUAUUCCAGAUGGAAAAAAAGCAUUUGCACACCUGCAAGUAUUUGCUGGAUUGGGGCCUACAUUUUUGUUGAUAAAUGCACAAAUUAUAUGAUAAAGAGAUGUAUCAAUACCAAAAAUGCCUAAAUGAUUGCUGCCACUAAGUGGCAGCUGCAUUAAGUUGUUUUCUCAGAUGCUGCUUAAGGACAGAAUUUUUUGUUUAUACUGUAUGUCUUUGAAAGAGACUGG